UCAUCUCUAGAUGGAGAAAUCUACACAAGAAACCGUGUUGUAUGCUUUCAUUGUCAGCAAUGUAAUUCUAGGAGGAUGUUUUUGUUUAGUGGGUUGCCUAGAGACACAACCGUCUGAAAUUCGCCCCGAAUUUCUCCAGCCAAUUGCAAAGGCUGCAUCAAUGAAAAAUUCUACAUACUCUUAUGUGACCAAUCAUCUAACAUUUACUAGUAGUGAGUAUUACGGUGUAGAGGCUACACUAGAUGUUUAUGGGCUCAGUCUACAACCUGGCCAGCAAAGCGAGGGUGGCAUCUGGAUUACCAGCGGAGAUGGUGGAUCGUCAUCUCCAAUCGAAGGAAUGCAUAUUGGAUGGCACAUUCACCCACGAUUGUACAAAGAUUCCCGAACUCACUUCUACGUAGGGUGGGAGAGUGACUUGUCGUCUCCCCCUACGGGUUGCUUCAACAUGAUUUGUGAUGGAUUUCGAAACCUAUCAUCGAGCAUCACUCCAGGGGAUGUAAUUAAUCCAGUAUCAAGUAUCAAUGGAAAUAAACAAUACAUCACUGUAAGGAUAUUCAAGGAUAAAACAUCUGGAGAUUGGAAUGUGUAUUAUGGACUAAAUAGUUCCCCCAAAAAAGUUGGUUAUUUUCCAAAAUCAUUGCUUCCUGCAAUGAUAGAUAAACCAGUGCAACUUCGACUUGGCGGCUAUGUAUCUCACGAGAAACCAACACCAAGCCCUCCAAUGGGUAACGGGAAUGCUCCAUCGAGCGGUUCAGCUGCAUCUGUCAGUAGUAUCAAGCUUAUCGAUGCCGAUGGUAAUGAUCUUAUGGGCAACACAAAUCUGCGCUAUUAUGAAAGUCGUCCAGACUGCUACUCGCUUUCCCGUAUUGAUUCGGGACGGUUCUUCUAUGGAGGGCCUGGUUGUACAGACUAAAUGGGUCAUCCUAGACAUGUAAUCGAAACAAUACAAAUUAAUAAAAUAAAUUAUUUAUUUCA